CGGAGUUCGCUGUGAACGUGGUACACUUGAAAAACACCGUAAAAUGCUGAGAAUUUCACCGAGCAGGCUGCCGGUCCUGAAUGGAUUAAGAUCCUUUCACACCUGUCCAACUCUUACAUGUGCUACCGAUUCCACUGCCACCGGUACAACCGAACGUAACCAAAGCUACAUCCACCACAUCGGCAAGACCCCGUUGGUGUAUCGCAACGUCGGGCAGCACCUUCGCUUAGCCGCCGAAAAGUUUCCCAACAAUGAAGCUCUGGUCUCCUGCCACGAGAACAAACGACUCACGUUCUCCGAAGUGCUGGAAAAGGUCGAUCGCAUAGCGGCAUCCUUCUACCAGCUGGGCCUGCAGAAGGGAGACCGUGUAGGAAUUUGGGCUCCCAAUGGAACGCAGUUUUACCUAUCCUCGCUGGCUGCUGCUCGGGCAGGAAUGGUUUCGGUCCUCAUCAACCCUGCCUAUCAAGUGCCGGAAAUUGAAUACGCCAUUAACAAGGUUGGGGUGAAAGCCAUCAUCGCCAAUGAGCACUACAAGACUCAACAGUACUACAACAUGCUGGCCCAAUUAGCUCCGGAGCUGUCCCAGUGUAAACCGAGCGAACUCAGAAGCUCCAAACUGCCAUCACUUACAACCGUCGUGAUCGACAGCGAUGGGAAUAACAAGUUGCCAGGUGCCAUCCCAUUCAAAGACCUCCUCAAGCUGCCAUCUCAAUCGGAAGUGUCGAAAGUCGAGUCCCUUCAGGCGAGAAUCUCUCCGGACAGUGGCGUUAAUAUCCAGUUCACUUCGGGCACAACGGGACAGGCGAAGGCUGCUUUCAUGUCUCACAACGGGUUCGUCAACAAUGGAAUUCACAUUGGUCACAGGAUCGAAUUUGACCUGAAAGAUCAUCGCAUCUGCGUCCAGACGCCAUUCUUCCACGUGUUUGGAAUAGUCAUCGGGAUCGUUGCGGCCAUGAGCUACGGUUCGACACUGGUUCUGCCGGGACCUGGCUUCCAGGCGUCCGAAUCAUUGGAAACGAUCUCCAAAGAGAAGUGUACAGUAAUCUACGGCACUCCAACAAUGUACGUCGACUUGGUACGAACCGUUCGUGAGAAGGGCAUUAAACUACCCCCGGUCGAUUUGGCCGUAACGGGAGGAGCUGCCUGUUCACCGCAGCUCUUCGUUGACAUCCAGGAAGCACUCGGUGUACGGCAAGUGAAAACCGUAUUCGGAAUGACGGAGGCUUCCGCUGUAUUAUUCCAAUCGUUGUUUAACGAAUCCAAGGAGAAUGUUCUGGAGACGGUUGGUCAUCUGACUGAUCACUACGAGGCGAAGGUCGUCGAUAAGGACGGAAUAACGGUGCCCUUUGGGACGUCUGGGGAGCUGUGGGUGAGGGGUUAUGGGACCAUGCUUGGCUACUGGGGUGAUGCACAGAAGACUAAGGAAACAAUCGACGUAGACAAGUGGUUGAAAACUGGCGAUCAGUUUCAGCUGCGAGAGGAUGGAUACGGCAAGAUUGUCGGACGGAUCAAGGAAAUGGUGAUCCGUGGAGGGGAGAAUAUCUACCCGAAGGAGCUGGAGGACUUCUUGAAUACACAUCCGAAGAUUUUGGAGACACAUUGCGUGGGAGUUCCGGAUGAAAGGAUGGGAGAGGAGCUUUGUGCAUACGUGCGAUUGCAGGACCCAACGAUGAGCUUGGAUCAUGCGGAGAUGAAAGAAUUUUGCAAGGGAAAGAUCGCUCACUUUAAGAUUCCGAGAUACCUGAGGGUGGUGGACAGCUUCCCGAAGACAGUGUCCGGAAAAAUUCAGAAAUUUAAACUCGCAGAGCUGUUCAAGACUGAAUCCGUCAAGGGCGAUAAAUAAUACAUGUACAAGUCUUAUCAAAGAGUAA